ACACAAUUUGCUCUGUCAAAUCGUUUUAUCGUUCGAUAUUGCUGCUUUGUUACUUUUCUCUGGAAAAGCUAAUGAGCACAUGGCAAGAGAAUCUUGGCUAAGUGGAGCAGAGGAGGAAAAUAUGGUUCAUCACGCUCAAGCUAGUACAUGAGGGCUUAGUUCAUGUCGAUACAAUAGAUGGCUACAGCGUGAGGAGAUAAAUAAUUCAUUGGGGUGCCACAUACACUUCCACGUUCUUGAUUUCGAUGAAGGCAUAACCAAGAACACACCCCAUGGCAAAAUGCUUUAAUUUGGUUGGCUAGAAAAAUUUCGUAGCAGACGCGUUUUAACUUUUGAUACUUUGUACCUUAAACGAGUCAGCUUCAAAGGUCUCAAUUGGCCAAGUGUCUAAAGUUAAGCUAAAAAACUUAGCCUCAACACCUGUUGGGUACAAGUUUAAGACGAAUGCGCCAAUGAAAUACUCAGUCAAGCCCGUGUUCGGCACAUUGAGGCCAGGUGAAUCCGUUAAAAUCUUUGUUCGCUCUGAUAAAUGGGUCAGUCCUCAAGAUAAGUUCCUACUGCAAACAGUUGCAUUGACGAAUGAGGAAACGCUAUCGCUCAGUCCUCUCAGCUGGAAGGCUCUUGACUCAAAACGAAUUCUCGAAAAUUACAUCACUUGUUCUUCUCAGUCAGCGCUCUCGCUACAAGAACCGGAGGAUGAUGUAGGAUCUCUAUCCUCUUCAUCCGUCACUUCUUCUUCGCCUAUUUCAUCCGCUGCCGCAGCAUACAUUCCAUCUUCCGCACAAUUUGAUGUGGGCCAUUCAACUCCUAGCCUACAUAACCAACAGCAUCUGGCUAACGCUAGUCUUGGUGCCACAGCCUCUGUUCGACAACGAAAUCAACAAGUGUUUGAGCGUUGGCAGUAUACGGAGUCGACAAGACUUAACAUAUCGAUGGAUGGACUUGGAAGACGACUCUCCAAUAGCUCAUCAGCAUGCUCCUCUGCAACGACAUCCCCUGGCUCAUACCCAAUCCAAUUCACCGACUCCAGGCAAUCUUUUGACUCGCUUCCGAGUCCGGUACUAACGUCACCAGUAGGCGUUAACUCAAAAGAGCUUUCAUCGAAACGCAACUCUACAUCUUUAAAUCUCCAAAGACAUCCUUCUAUCAUUAUGUCGACCGCCGAAGGGCCCAAAAAGACAAGCAUGAAUGAGAUCAUGAGAGAAACAGAACCUCCAUCGCAGAACACUUUUGAAUUUUUAAUGAGCUCCUUACUCUCCACUUUGAAGUCCCCAGCAAAGGGGGAUACAAACCCUCUCUUGAAUUUCAGAUUCUUUUACCAACGUAGUAAGAGACAAAUGCUUGUAUUUUCAUUCGUCUGUCUGCUUUUCGGGAUGCUAGUGCCGCUUGGUCAUGUAUUAAGCGUCAUGAAUGCCCGCACGGAAGGACAUAAGAUGGCCACGGGUAAUCAUAGAGAUAUUUGCCAAGUUAUAGAAGUUGGUCAAUCAGAUGUCACGAAAUUAGAUAUAUUUGAUGAUGUUAGUACAGUUAGAACCAGUGUACAAAGCACUCAGUAGGGAACAUCACAAAAGGAAGGGAAGGGGUACAUCUGGAUAUAUCUAGCCUAGGGAAUGCUAUUAAAAUAUACCACAGUGUAUUAUAAACAA